AUGCUUCUUCAGCGACGAGCAGCGCCUGCGUUCCGCUUUAGCCCAGCCCGUGCGAGCUCAGCGUCGUUUCUGUCGCUGCCCCACCAUCAUCACCGCCGCCACAUCAACAACCGCUCCGCUUACUCCUCGUCCACCACUACCAACGACACCAACACCAAGACCAACAACAAUCCCAACAAAUCGCCCUUUAAGAUCCUCCCCUUCGCCGCCAUCCUGCUGAUUGGUACCGGGUCAUACGUCCUCUUGGUCCGAUCUCGAGCAUCAGCGCCGCGCAGCCCUCGCUCGAUAAUGGCAGACACCACACCCCGCUUCUCCCCCGACGCAGUCACUGUCGUCUUUGUCCUCGGCGGUCCCGGCGCUGGCAAAGGCACGCAGUCCUCCAAUCUGGUACGAGACUAUGGCUUCAACCACCUCUCUGCCGGCGACCUCCUGCGCGCCGAGCAAGUGCGUCCCGGCAGCGAAUACGGCGAACUUAUCCGCACAAACAUCCGCGAGGGCACCAUCGUGCCCAUGGAAGUCACCGUCGCCCUCCUCUCCAACGCAAUGGCGGCAAUCCUGGCCGAGGGAACGCCCAAGACCACGCCCGCACGCUUCCUCAUCGAUGGAUUCCCGCGCCAGCUCGACCAGGCGCAUUUCUUCGAAGAGACGGUUUGCCUCUCGAAAUUGGUGCUCUUCCUCAAUUGUCCCGAGGAUAUUAUGCUCUCGCGGUUGCUGAAGCGUGGCGAGACCAGUGGGCGCGAUGAUGAUAAUAUCGAGUCGAUUCGCAAGCGGUUCCGCACCUUUGAGCAGACUAGUAUGCCGGUUGUGCGCGAGUUUGAGGAGAAGGGCAAGGUUAUUAGUGUGCAGGCCACGGGGUCGGUGGAUGAGGUCUAUGAGAGGAUCAAGGAGGAGUUGCAGGCCAAGGGGGUUUCUCCUCUGUGA